UCUCCACUCUUUCUUUUUCUCAUCCAUAAACAAGAGAUGUCGACCAGCCCCUUCAUGAAGAAGAUGAAUGUGCCAACUUCACAAGAGGACGUCAAUGUAGCUGUCAUAGGAGCGGUUAUCGCUGUGGUUUUCAUCACUCUCCUUUCGGUCGUUGUGCUGAUUGUCAUUUACCUGUACAAGAACAAAGGCAGCUACCACACCUAUGAGCGGCCUGAAGCAGAUCCAGAGGGUUCUGUCCAGAUGGAAGACCUCCCUGGUAAAGGGGAAAAGGAAGAGUAUUUUAUAUAGAAGAUCCCAGGCCGCCAGCACAUUUUGGACAACCCAGUCUUAAGUAAACAACAACUUAAAGUAUGCUUGACACUUUUAAUCAAGAAAGUGAUGUUAUUUAUUUUAUUGUACAUCACAUCCUAUCCUGAGCUUAACUGGGCAGUGGAAUGGAAGUUAUAAAUUGUGAUGGCCUCUAUGGACUGUGGAGGAGUUGGCCUCUGGAAUAUUCAAAGAUUAGAUUAAAAUGCAAUACCACACAUGACAGUGAAUGGGAACAUGUGGGCUUCCAGUAUUGUUGGACUACUGCUCCCAUCAUCCCUCACCAUUUGGCUAUGCUGAAAAGGAUUGUUAUAAAUCAUAGUCCAACACAUAUGGAAGGCCACAUACUCCCUAUGUCUGAUCUACAGUCUUCCCCCCUUCAUCAGCCUGUUUAUUUGGGGUUAGAGUUGGCAAAUAAUCAGAAUACUGACCACUUCCUCCCUGUUCCUGCUGUAGGAUAACUGUAAUAGGGCUGUGAAAAUACAUAUCUAAAUGACAAUUUAUUUCCAACACCUGUAACAACAAAGUAAAACCUAUAUUUUCCCAGAAUGUAUGGCAUAUUAACAGCCUUCUCCAAAGCUUUAUGUUCGGCAGUAUUAAACAUUCACACAUGUACAUGAGACUUAAAUAUACUUUUAGUGUCAUUUGAACCUAUCUUGUUAGUGUGUUCCAUCUGUUGGAUUCUGUAAUCUCUGGACUGGAAUAAACACUGUUUCUUGUUUUA